CAUAACGUAUCGCGAAGUAAAACCAUUCACCUGUCGACCGUUCGAUGUGUAUCUUCCGAAAUUGUGUUUAGUCGUUGUGAAUAAUUGAUUUUUGGUUCUAUUUAACUGUUGUGUAACAAUCCUGCUUAGUUGAUUGUUGGUCCCAUUAAUUAAGUUCACGUUGAUAUUUGGUGGUACUUUGAUUUAAAAGGAUUUAGUUAAAUUAAAAAAAAAGGAAAAAUGAGUCAAUCGACUGUAAAUAAAACUGUUGGAAGCGUAACUAAAAUAAGCACAAUGUCAAGGACAAUUACAUCAUCUACAUCUACUUCAUCUACUCAACAUCAACUACAGCAGAAGCAGCAGCAGCAGCAGCAGCAACAACAACAACAACAAACUAAUCAAAAAGUGAUGACUAAACAAUCGAAUAAGGCCGAAAUGGAAAAAAAGGAUCACACAUCAGUGCUAUCGCGAGCUGAGGGCAUUUGCGUACGUUGUAACAAGACGGUAUAUAAAAUGGAAGAAGUGAUAGCAGAACAGCAAAUUUGGCACAAGAACUGUUUCAAGUGUAACGAAUGCGAUAAAACGUUAAACCGACACAGCAAAGUCGAUAGCUUCCAGAUUCGUGAAGGGGUUGUGUAUUGCAAGCUUCACUUUAAACAACUCUUCGGCGUGGCAGAUGGGCCAAAGCGGAGACCGGAACUUGUAAUCAGUGAAAAUCAACCGUCUGAGCUACCAGACAACGUUAUUCGUUCGUCGAAACAACAUGAUCUUGGACUGGAGAACAUUGAAACUGCUGCAGUAAAACGACGUUUUCGAUUGUUUGAAAAAAUUGGCUCGGCUAAGGAAGAACGAUCAGCAGACUAUGAUUGCGAUGCGGAUUCAAUUCAUUCGGAAGAUUACGACGAUGACGUAGACGUUGAUUUAAUCAGAGCGAAGCGGGCACAACGCGAACGCCCCUCGAAUUUCGAAGCUAUGAAUGAAAUAAAGAAUAAAUUCGAAGCCGGAAUGGAACAGGGGCGUCAAGCCCGAUAUGAGGAACGAAAACAGGAAAUACAAAAUAUUCGUUCGAAACUGUUUUCGGGAAAGCUAGCACGCACCACCGAAAUGUAUCAGAAUGCAUUGCAGGAAACCACGGCCAGUCAACGUAAUAAAGGUUCCUCUCUUGCUCAUGAUUUGGAUCACAUAAAAUCGUCGGCGAAAAAGGCGCAAAAUGCUAAGCAACAAUUUGAAACCGGUGAAGUGUAUCGGUCAAAUCCUGCCAAUAACAAUGAAACCGAUGACGAUGUUCCUAAAAAUAAGCAGAACAAAUCGAAUGGUCAAAUUUCUAAUAAAGUCUCUGAGCGUAUGCAAAUGCUUGCAAAGCAACAGGCACAAGAUAAAAUUAUUAAGAGCCAUGCAAAAGUAAAAAUGGCGGAGAAAGCAGACAUUCAAAAUCAAUUUGAAUUUUUCGAAAAUUAUAAUCCAGAAGAGAACAGCAGAAACGAAACUAAAAUUCCACCCAAUGCUGCAUUUGACGGAGAUCGUGUUGUGGAGAAGGCGAAGAGCAGCUAUAUCGAUCAGAUUCAGAAAAGUAAAACGAUGCAAUCACCUAAAAGCGAUACAAACGGGAAAACCAAAAAUCAAUCAAUUCGAGGCGAAAUUAAAUCACCAGAAAACGGCCGCUCUCAUGACAACACACAAUUUGAGACGAGUGGAAUUUUGAGUAGAGAACCGGCUUAUUUGGACUAUGACUUAGAGCACGCGAGAUUAGCUGCCCGCACGAAAGAACUUAAAGAUUUAUACGAGAGAUGGAACUAUGAAAACAAUGUUUACGACACGAACGAAUACAACGACUCGAUACCAGAAUACGAUGAGAUUGACGAAUCGCAAACGGAAACUACUAAAACAAUUCGUGCGAAAUUUGAAAAUUUGCCCCAUUCCGGUCGAAUACAGAACGCAAAACAUCCAACGACGAAUCGUUUUGUGGACUGAGGUUAAUGUUCGGCACACUGCGCAACAAUAGGUGAACUGAAUGUAUGAAUUACGAAAUAAAUAAACAAUCACGAUCA